AAAUAAUUCAAAAUGGCGGACAAAGGACGAAAAGUUUGUUCAAGAAUAUGUGGUUGUUCUUUGUGGCUUCUGUUCAGCUGGUAAGCUUAUGUUGAACUCCUUGUACUAACACCAAAGCUGUAGAGUACUUAAAAGAAAAACCACUGCAGAUUCUGGAAGGAUUUUUGAAAUCGUUUUGUUUAAUCGACCAUUUUCCAGUGUUAUGUAAGCUUAAGACUUUAUUAAGCUUACGUCCAUACAACUACAUACGAGCAGAUAUGAGGCAUGGCGAUACCUGUGGUGUUGUUUUCUGCCUACAAAGCGUAUUUGGUGGGGUUAUAAGCAGGAUUGUUUGAUACGCAGUCUACCCUAAGCACUCUCAUAAUUACAGUAGUUGAAAUUCGUCCCUUCUUUUCCAUUAAAGCUAUCGACUUGUCACUCACCAACAGAUGUUUCAGAUUGUGUCAUAUAAGUGUACAUAGAGAGACAACUUAGCCCAUUAUUUUAUUUAGGUUGUAGGCUUGUAUCCAGAGAAGUCGAUCCAGUGUGUGCUACCCUCUCGAACUGAACAUUAAUGGGCUGCCUAUCUGCUCAAGCAGCUGAUAAUAUAUAAUAAGCGUAGGUUAAUAUACCUCAGUGCCUUCCAAAGUAAAACAUGUGUAAUUUUCGUACCCAUAUUUAACCGAAUAUCCAAAACAAUUCAAAUUCUUCUGAACAGUUUGUAAGAUGUUCUUUUGACUUCUGAACACUGCCAAAAAUUCAUGAAGUCUUCACAAAUCUUCACUGUUUUCUAAGGUUACUUCAAGUAACUCAGUAACCUUAGAAAAUAGCUGGUAGUUCAUGAUGCCAUCACUGGUUUCCCAUGUAAAUGAUUGAGGACUGAGGGCAAAAAUUCCAUGCUGGUGAUGCAUCAUUAAUUACUCAGAUCUAGGUAUUGCUGAUUGGAAAAUUUGUUCCAACCAAUCAUUAGCACUACCCCCCAUUUUUGGUAGUGACACCAUCAGUAUGGAAUUUCCACACUCAUUCCUCAAAUGCCCUUUAAUGGGGAAAUCACAUAGUGGCGUCACAAAAUUUUCUUGGCUGUUUUCUCAGGCUAUUAACAAAUAUGCUCUGAUGACUUCUGAAUGUUGCUCAAUUUAGCAGUACAAAAAGCAAAAUCGUGGCACCAAAUUGCCGAGAUCACACAUAUUGUGGCUAGAUUACUGAGGCAAGGUUUUGUGAGGUCUUAAUAUAGCUUAAUUAUUACUAAGGACUCAAACAUGACAUUUAGCUUUUAGCACCAUUCAUUGGGUUAUUUUGGGUGGAAAUUGAAUUUAUUUUUUCAUGUUAAUGGUCACUGAAUAGUUAAAGUAGUCUUGAAUUAUGCGUUAUGUUUGGAAUCAAAGUUUUUGAUCUCAAGGCAAGGAGUGUGACACAUGCAUACACUGUAAUACAUGUGGUUGGGUGGUAUUGGUUAAAUUCCAGCUGCACAUUUAAAUUCUUAUACCAGUUACUCUCAAAAUGUAGAUUAAGGUUAAUCAUAAUAUAGAGAAAUAUAUGAGUGCAGGACUAAUCAUUACCUACUUUUUCACGUAACAAUAAUCUGCAGGUUUGAUCUGGCAAACUGUUUUGUAACCAGGUACAUUUCUGUUCUUUGAAAAUUAAGUGUGAACAUCAUGACCCACAGGGGGCACACCAAAAUGAGGAUGAUCAAAGGAUGCUUUUUGUGUGUUUUCUUGUUAUUUUUGACAGUUUUUCAGUCGAGCCUCAAGAAAUACCACUUCCGGACACAUUCAUUAAUCCUGCAUUUCAAGUGGCACAUCAUUUAUGGUAAGUAAACUUAAGUUCAAAUUACUUUAAUUUUUUAAAAUCAUGGGAAAAAUGGUAUCAUUUAAGGCAUUGUGGCCAGUGUAUUGAAGUGCUUUUGUCACAGUGAAAUGAAUAUUGUUGUUGUAAUUGACUGGCUUUGUCCUCUCGCUGUUUGAGGAGGUGUAGGGCAGUAAUGAGAAAAUGAGAAUUGAUACAGGUACGGGUGAUGGUUUUGGCCUUGUUCCAUGACAUGUUGUGUACUUACAGACUGCUGCAGGCAGGACUUUGCUGUGCAGGAGAUCUAGAGCUCUGACAAUCAUGAUCUAGAUCUCAAAGUUAUACUCCUUGGUUAAUAUAUUGUUUAUCAUAAUUUAACUGUAACCCACAUAAAACAAUAAACCUACUUGAUCACUCUUGGCUUAACAGGUUCUUGUAUUUUUGGGUAUUAAAGUGUCAAAUUUCUGACAAGAGGUUCUUAAUCCACUAGGUUCUUAUUUGUGGGUAUUUACUGUGUCCAUUAUAGAACUUAAGGUAGCAGGGGUACAUGUGUUACAAGUCAAAAUUAUAUUCUGGUGAAAAUUUUUCAACCUAGGUUGAUUCUCAAUCUCUUUUGUCUCUUAGUCCUAAUUCAUGAAUAAUUAGGGCUAGGAGACAAAAUAAAGAAUUAACGUAGGUUAAAAAGUUUUAACCUGAAUAUAAUUCUUGCCUGUAACGUAUAUUUUAUACACAGCUGUUGAAUUAACCAUUUUUCAUUUUGUUACCGGCACAUACAUGUCUGUUAAUCGACCAGCAGAAAAAAAUAGAAAUAAUUUAUAAGGGGAACAUGGGGUUUACGGUAUCGUGGUUUUGAGCUUUUUGAGCUCUAUUUAUCGGUAGUUUUGAUUUUAAUGUACGGUAUUGCGGUAUCAUGUAGCCCUGCGGUCGUGGGUUUUUUUUAUCCUUUUGACUAACGGUAUUAAAUAAAAAAAUUGUUAAAAAAAGAUCUUUCACAGUAUUGCGGUUGUGGUACUGUUUCAUUUGCACUCUCCUGUCUAAUGCAGGUCAAUAUUUUUAAGACUUCAGACUUAAUGGUAAAUGAUUGCCCAAUUUCUGUCUUGGUUGGUAUCCAAGACCAUCCAAUGACCAGCUUUUAGAUGGUUGUACUGAUCAAAUCAAGGUCUUCUUAUGUUUUCUCGCAAUGGCUGAGGUUGGUUGCUGGACUUGUGAAUAAACAACACGCGAGAUGAUUACAACUUUAAGUAAGCAUGACUGAUCGUAAAUGUGGUAUCGGGAUUUCAUUGAUUGUCAACACGGUAUUUUGAUAUUUGUCAAUUUUUCUCACGGUAUUGAGACUAUUUGGGGUACCGCCAAUGUCCCCUUCAUUAACGAUAAUAAAGAUAUGGUGUUGUGUUGUGGUGUUCCAAUCCUCGUGAUCUUUUACCAUGAUCACUUUUGCUUUCAGGGAAGGAAAGACAACACAAAUAAUUAAAGAGCUAAACAAGGUGCACAAGCCUUCAUAUAUUUUGGCCACCCCACAGCACACUUUGUACAUUUCAAGGUGAGAAUUCCAUCAAGUGCUUUAUACUUAACCCUGGGAGAUACAUGGAUACUUGUAAAAUGAUACAGCAUAAAAUGGAUUUCUUAGUGUUAUCUUGAACAAAAGAGGAUAGUAAAACACACUGUAAUCUAAGAAAUCAGGGAUCCUUAAUUGCUUGGAAUAUUAUUUUAUAUGAAAUCCAUGGUGCCCAGUGCAUGAGUUUUUUGGACAAGCUUCAUGUAAGAUUUCCUAGGCAUCUAGGCAGUUUGUCAUUACCAUGAAAACCAAAAUGAUUGUUGACAUAACUUAUACCCAGAAUUAGUUAAUGCUUUCAGCAACAGCUUUGCACUGCUUCAUUUGGUGCAGAGAGCUAACAGCCCACAUAGAAAAGUUUGCUCCAUCUGUAACAUGGCACUAAUGAUAACUUGAUUUCAUUUUCCUCUUUUUUAUUCACUUAUUUAGCUUUCUGUUAGACCAGGUAAGCUUAUUGUUUUCGUAAUUUUAAGUCACUUCUGAUGAUUAUAUCAAGUGAUAAAGUUUCCAUGCUUUCUUGUAUCCUGAAAGUUUGCUUAAAUUAGUUAUAUCAAGGCAGCUGAUACCAACAAGUUGUGAGAAAUCCCUGCAUUAAUUAAUACAGUCAAACCUUGUUAAUAAGGACACUGUGGGGGCCAUAGAAAGUGUCAGUAUUAACAAGGUGUCCAUAAAGCAGGUUGAAUUUAGAGAAAAUGUGAGGGCCUGCUUUCUCCAGGCACAAGAAAAACUGUCUGUAAUAAUGAGGUGUCCUUAUUAAGCGGGUGUGUAUUUGUGUCAAUAAUUGUUAGUCUGUUUAAAUUAUCUCUAAUCCUUAACAUCACAGGUGUUGUUUGUAGCAGACACAAGGCAAACAGGGACUCCUGCUGUUACAUUUACUCAGGGGCAUGGGCUGGAUGGACCAUGGGGAAUGGUAGCUGGUAAGAAUCAAUAACAAACUUCUGUUGCUGGUAGAUCAACUACAAGAUUCCUUCUAAUACAGAACAUAGAGUUUUGCAGUCAGUAGCCCACCUGUGUAGCAGGUGCUUGAGAAAUUUAUGGUGCAAAUAAUAUUGCCUCCGUCACAGUCCUUUAUAAUAUAAAAUAACUAAGACAUUCUGUAUGUAUACACAGUAGACAGUAUGAUUUUCUAAGACGCACACAAGCAUACAUGUAUGUAAACACAGUAAAAUUAAACUGUCGUGAUGUCAAGAUGUUUUGUUGUGCAUGCAUUAAUUACGCAAGCACAAAUUUGAAAAAGUGUUGUUACUAGUUUGAUGAUAAAAUCCACUGGUGACUGUCAUUGCUGCCACUUACAUGUACUUCCUAAUGUGGCAGUCACUCAGGGACUAAACCUCAUAGUUCUAUAUUUUGUAUGAAUUUUUUGUUGAUACUUGCAAAAAUCAGACUUAAUGUAAUAUUACUGGAUUUAAUAUUAUAACGAAAUCUCUUUCAGAUGACAAAUACUUGUAUGUUGCAAGUUUUACUACAGAUCAAAUACACAAGUAUGACCUUCAAACAAAAAGGUGGGUCUAAAUUCUUUCUUACGUUUACCAAAUAACUUGGUGAUAGUUUUUGCAGUCUGUCCACAAAUAUGUGAAAGUAAUGGAAAUGUUGUAGUAAAUUUUUUAUCUCAGGUAUUUUUUUUUCUUUUGUUUUUUGGGUAUGGUAAUGUGUGCUAAUGAAGUUGAAAGUCUUGGAAAAGAAAAAGAAAAAUUACAUGAGAUAAAAAAAUUAGCUACAGCAGAGAUAUAGCAAGAGCGUAAUCGCAGGUUAAUUGCUCCCUGCCGCUGGGGACAUUUUGCGAGAUUCAGGGCAUUGUACGUUUGAUUUUUCUGUCAUUUUGUCUUUUACCUGUCAUUCGCAAAAACAGCUGGAAGAGUACAAUUAUUACAUUGACCAAUCAGAGCUCUUGACCAGACUCUGAACCGAUAUUUACGUCAUCAGCCCUCUCGUCAUCAGUCACUUGUGUUCAGUGUUUUGAGGGAUAUUUAAGUUAUUUGUCAAGGAAAGCAGGGACGAAGGAAGUAAUGGGAAAGGGAGCAAAACUCCUCGGGGAGCGGGGGGCGGGGGGUACUCCUGGGAAUUCUUGGUGGGGGUCUGCUGCCCGGUUCUCCAAAUCCUGAUCCUAUUUCAGACGAAAAAAAGUCAUUUUUCCCACCUGUUUUCAGACCAGACCUCUUCAAAAUUAUGUCAUCAUUACUUAGAUACAGCAACAAAAAACAGGGUUGUCACUAAGAUUUCAAGUUGCCAGGAAAAUACAACAAGUAGGCAGGGAAUCAAACAGCUAGGGAUUUCUUUUGGUUCUAUUUUUCUUCUAUUUGCCAAUAAAAGUAGCAGGGUGUCACACUCAUAGUAGCCGGGGGAAAUCCCCGGUCCCCGGCUCUUAAUGACCACCCUGAAAAAUAUUUCUUAAAAUCUAUUUUGAAUUCGCGUAUUUCUCUCUUUUUCUUACUGAUGUGGAAUUGAAAUGAUAAAUACGUUCACACACUCCUGUAGUUCCCUCUAAAUCCAUACCCGAUUCCAGACCAAAAUGGGCAAAGUCUGUACCUGUUUUUAGACCAAAAUGGCGCAAAAACCCUACCCUUUGGGGUGGCACAUACUUCUAUGGCUUAUAAUUAUAAGGGAGUAUGCCCCCCACUCCCCCGGAAGAACUUCCCCCUAACCUUUCUCUCCUUUUCUUUCCCAUUAUUCCUCGCUCACACUCUGCAUUCAUUCCCAUCAUUCUCCAAUCGUGCUUCUCGCUCCUUUCCAGCUCCCCUUUUAACAGACCCUGCUUGGGAAGGCUUGUGGAGGAGGCGGUAUUAUCAGUAUAAAUUUGUCUGACUCACUAAACGUCUCAGUGGCGGGAAAUGAUAGGCUGUAAUUGCAGGUUAAUGCAUAUUGAAUUUUGAGAUGACAUUAAUGUGCACAGGUUUGUAGGUGCAUUUGGUAAUGAGAGUUACCUUGAUUGCCCUGAGGGAAUGGCUCUUGGUCCUAACAACACACUUUAUGUGGCAAGCUUUCUUGAUGACAGGGUGGUGAAAUUUUCCUUACCUGAUGGCGCAUUUCUGGGCGUGGUGAGUUUCCAGCGUGAUGCCAUAUGUUUUUGUUACCUCAGGACUCAAAAAAUGUCCCUUUCGGCACUGAGUUCUGGGGUACUCACCAUGUGACGGAAAAUUUCGGAAAUUCAGGACGGAAGGUAAAUGGUAAGGUCACUUUUCGGAAAUUUCAACCGAAAAUUGAGGAGUACGUUUUGAGGUAGUCCGUUCAUUACGGUUGGUACGAACCAAACGAAAAUGUUGCUUACCAUUUACCAAUUUCUCGGUUCCUUCUCGGUUCCAGACUCACGCUACUCAAAUUCGUGCCUUUUUUGGAUUCAAACCGUAACGGAUGUGGCAAUUCUGCGGUAAACUGGUAAAUCGCUUACCAUUAUGCUUUCGACACCCCAACUGGAUUUUUCUGUCAAAUGGUAAGCACCCUGGACAGGCAGAUUUUCCUGCUGGGCAAGUAACAUAUAAAGCUCACUCGCUCAAUGGGUAAGGGUCCAGGCAAGAUAUCCUCCAACUAAAUCAUUAACUAAGACAAGCAAGUAGUUGCCCCGGGCAAACAAAAUGUGAGAACUGCUCUUCUAAAGGACAUGCUGGAAUUCAAGGUUUUUUCGAACCCUGCGCAUGCACCUAUCUGAAUUUCUUCACAUUUGACAGUGAUGACUUGAAGCCGUGAAAACGUCAUAAAACGUUUGAACUUUUGACUUUUUUUCUUACAGGUUGCUGACAGAAGCCAUGGUCUUAAAGGGUAAGAGACGAUAUAAAACGUUACCUUGGAUAAAAAUUUAUUACGUUUUUAAACAGGCUUCAUUAAGGGGGAGUGAGAAAGGAGGUAGGAGGUAAAGGCGUUCUUUCGCAGUCUGUCCCUAGUCCCCUCUGAUUGAACCGGACUCCUAGCAUAGGCUAGAAAAUUUGCAAAGAACGCGAUGCAUAAAGAGGAAAAUGGAUGUAAAUUUUGAGUUCAUUAAUUAAGUGGUGUUUUUAGUGGUAAAUUUAAAAACUCAUGCGGUAAAUGUACAUGUAUGUCAUGGUACUGGUCAAGCGGAUUCUUGCAAGUGGUCGCCUACGACUCUAAAACACGUCUGUUCUGCAAAUUUUCAUCGGUGCGUAGGUUCUUGGAAGAUUUCCAGAAGAUGCAGUGACCAAAUUUGAACAAUUUUCAGCUAAAGCAGCUUUUUGCGGUUUAUUUUUUGUUAAACUACUUUAUUGCCUCAGUCGAAAAAAAAAAAUGGCGUUUUAUUUCACCAAGUGUAUCUUUUGUAACAGUUUUGGGACGGAAACGAAUAAAUGUACCAUUAAGAUUCUGAUCUCUUAGACUGGGUCCUUCUGGUAAGGGAAAUAUUAAGUAGAUAAAUAAAGGGUUCGUAACUCCUGACCAACAAGAAUAUAUCUUUCGUUUUCAGACCCGAGGAUGUCGCGCUUUUACCUGAUGGUUCACUGCUAAUUUGCAGUCAUUACACGGAUGCGGUGAUACGGUUUAACCCCUCUACUGGUUAGUAAAAUAGAUCGACAUCGUCAAGCCAGGGGGAUGGGGGUCCUUGCUUAAAGGCCGGUUUUCUCUAGUGACGGAAUGGGAGACUUAAUCGGACUCGUAACAGUGAGUUGAUGUAAAAAUACUUCGCUGUGGUUAAUUGGAGUUUUGUUUUAAGAAAACCGACUGAAGGCCACUGAAAAGCCUUAUUUGACUGAUUUCUUAAUCGUGUUAUUUGCAGGUGAGAAGCUGGGUGUUUUUGCCAAAGUGGAAAAACCAGUUGGUUUGACCGUGGGCUCAGAUGGGUGAGUUCAUAUAAGCAAGAAUCGUUCGUAAAGAAGGCAGAGAAAUUACUGCAGUGUCAACUUUCGGCAAUUCAUCACAUUAACAGGCUUAUAGUAGUUGCCACUCGAUGGUUUAAAGUUUCAGUGUGUGUUUAGGUUAAGUAGGUAGACCCUCACCGGCUGAGAGGCAAAUAAACUGUACUCUUGAAAAUCGGGGCUGUGUUCAUGCUACAGCUGAUGCUAUACCGGAUAGCCGCUCUUGCGCCGGCGCGAAUUCCUGUCGUACCGGAUAGAGCUUCUGUUCAAUAAAUUUCGGCGUGAUUUCUGUAACGGAGCGAAGCUACGCCCACGCCGAUCUCGAAAAGAGGAACGUCACAUAUAGGAUAGGUUGUGAUCCACCAUAGUCUGCUACACAGCCGUUUAUAGUGUCGUCACGCAACGCUCCUCCCCAAGAGGAGCAGGAGCGUUGCGUGACGUGACGACACUAAAAAAGGCUGUGUAGUAGACUAGUGUGCCACACUGGUGUAGUGUGAACAGGUAUUCGGACAAUAGAGGAAGUGAAUAAGUAGGAGCGAGGACUGGAAUAAACUGAGAAGGAAAACAUUUACUAAACCCUUUUUGGUCAACCGCCCCGGCACGAUAUUCAAUAUGCGUGAACGUCUUGUUCCAGUUCUGUGCUGUUGCUGUUCAUAAUGUACCGGAUAAGGUUUGAACAUAAUCUGAGCUCGAAAGAUCAACUUUUGAUUUUUUUUUCAGUAUAGUGGUGAAUUUGCCUUAUCCGCAAUGCAGCUGAUAAAUAAAACUUUCGUGUUCAAAUUACUCAUCAACACAAAUGUAUAGUAGCAUCUCUCUGUAUUGUAAUUGCUCUAGCUUGAAGAAUGUAAUUAUCAGCAAGUGGUUAAAUCUGAUGCCGAGUAACCCACAUAAGUUGUUCUCAUUUCUUAUUCCACAGAAACGUGUACGUGACAAGUUAUGUUACAAAUAGUAUCCUUCGGUUUGACGGGCAAACAGGUUGGUUCAUAGUAACACGAGACAAAGUCAGUCCUGCUAGGCUUGAGAUAAUCUGUUAACAGAUAGGCCAACGCCCAGUGGAUUUCAGAGCGAAUUCUCUGCUCCAUCCUUUGUGGCUUAGUGCUUCGCGGAGCAACAUUCGUAUGUGCCCAAUACUAUCUGACCUCGCCGCAAUUUGCCACUUCAAUUUUGCCACUUCCUCUCUGGCUUCGUAGCUCAGUUGGUAGAGUGAUGGUACAUUUUACCGUACGACUCGGUUGCCGCGCGUGGUUCCCUGAUACCCGCUCUUUACAGGUGACAACGUUCAGUUAGGUUUAUGGGUUAUAAAAAAAGCAGUUCACUUGUCUGUCCCAUCUGCUGUUUUACAGUUAGUCUAACGAUAAGAAGCGAUCAUAUUUGCCGUUGUUUUAAUCCUUUCGUUCUUACUGACUCUUCCCUGUCUAUCCGAGGGUGGUUUUCGCUAAAAACAACAACAACAACAACAAACAAACAAACAAAGGAACUAGUUACGUGAUAAACAGGGCCGACUUGAUCGAAGGACGAUUUAGCGCCGCAAAUCCCGGCUUAGUUACCACGACAAGUCAAUUGCUAUGGUUUCAGUUAACCAAGACUGAGAAUGAUUCAUUCUCUCUCUCGAAAUUGAAAAAAAGAAUUAUAUAUGAAUUAUUAGUUAUAAAUCUUGUAGUAAAUAGUUAUAUUUCUUCACAUGUCUGAUAUUAUUUUUAUACUUAUUGUUACUUGUACCAUACCUUAUAUUUUGUCAACUCAGUCUAUGUAAUUAAGAGCCCAAUGUCUAUAAGCCUCAUGGUUUCUUUUUGGGCUUCCUCGCCACUUUCAUUUGCUUUUGUGUAACUGUCUUGUUUUAUCGUUAUUUGUAUUUUGUGGUAAAUCAAAUAAAGUUACAAAAGUAGUUAACCGACCGGGCGCCGAACAACUCGGCCCAGGGUCCUGUUUCUCGAAAGUCCCAGUAACUUUUCGGGACCGGGAAGCUUUUCUGCGUUGGUUGUGUUUGCAUUCAAGAUCAAAGUUUCAAUAAUUUGAAAAUAAUAAAUGAAACUAUCAGUUAACGAAGCAAAAUUGACUGGUUUGUGGACUAGGAACUGGGCUACUUUUCAACAGGUUUUUAUUUUAAAAUUUGCCUUCGGGUCCGAAAAGUUUCCGGGCCUUUUCCGAGAAACGAGCCACAGGCUAUUGGGAGCUCCCAGUUGUUCGAAGACCGAUUAGCGCUAACCCUGGGCUAAAUUUUCAGGUUUUUAUUUCUUUUGUUCAAAAGCAUUUUUCAGAAUAAUUUUCUCGAUUCUUUUUACAGCAUCAAAUCAUCCAAUUGUGGACAAAAAGAAUAAAACUGAAUUUGCUUUUUAAACUUUCAUAUCUGAAUUAAAAUUUGCACUAACCCUGGGUUAUUUUAACCCUGCUUUGAACAACCCAGCCCAGGAGCUAAACGCCUCGCGAGCAAACCACUCCAAUGUACAGUUAAGUUGUCCAAGCGAAAAUUUACAAAUAAACCCUUUCUGUUGUAGGCGAGUUUAUUGAUGUUUAUGCUGCUGGCGGUGGACUAGAAGGACCAUCAAGUGUCAGGUAAAUGGGAAAAAAGCUCUUGCAGCCAGUGAAGUGCCGUGACCCAAUUGAUUUCGUAAGAUUCUUCCAGUUGCCGGAAAGAUUUUUAUCCCCAUAAAAGAAGACCCUCAGUGCGUUGUCUCUCACUCAGGCGUUGGUUGUUGUAACGUAAUGUCUGUCAGCCAGCGGGAGUAUUCGCAUUGAAUAUUCCGCCGGUAGCUGAUUAAAAUCACGCAGCUAGCAAGAAUUGUACCUUAAUAAAGUUUUUACCAGCCAGCUAAAACUCAGCCUGCGAAACGGAUAUUUUGUGGAAUUGCUCCAUUGGGUACUUCUAAGUGUUCUUACGUUUAGAUUCUAAGACGAGAAGAAGUAGGAAAUUUUCUCAAUUUCAAGUAGGGCGUGAGCGUGAACCAGCGUCAUUUUGACGGGAAAAUAUGGAAGCCGUCGUCAUUCUACGACGAGUUUUAGCGAGAAUGUCGUAGUGGCGGCGGAAACAAGUUUAAAAGUCGAAAGUUUUAUCAUUUUUGCGAUCGGGAGAGGGCUUAACCCCUUUAAUUAAGAUAACAGUGCUAACUGUUCAGGUGAAUCAAAAGUACAAUGAAGUUUUCCGGGUUGUCUAUUUUUUGAGAAUACGCGAGAAAACUUUAAGUCAAAACUCGUACUCGUAGUCGUUCUCGUCCUUGAAUAUAAAGGUCUUUAAUAGGACCUAACGUGCACCCACAGUUUUAUUAUGAAACUGACGUAACUUUUUGAUGUCUCUUUUGUACAGUUUUGCUGACCUGCGAACUCUUUACGCAGCCAGUUAUGAUAGCGACCGAGUAGUGCUGUAUAAUAGUACCUCAGGACUUUCUUACACUCUUCCUGGAAAACGAAAUGAGCGGCCUGGAAAUGGUAUGUAGAAUUAUGACGUAAGAUCCAUUUUAGUAGCCUCCCAUGCAGACGUUCUUAGGAAGGCGUGAACGAACCCCUAAGAACAGGUCAUGACAUUCCUGGUUGUACAGUGACUCGUUCAUACCCGUUUUAAUUCUGAUAUAGGAGUCAGAUAUUUUUUGCAGGAAAUUUCUCAAGUAUUUGGCUAAUCUGCGACAAAGCUCUCCCUUUAUGGCGAGCGCAGCGAACCGCGAGAGAACUCGCGUCUCCUUUCGCGUGCUGCUCUCGCGUGACUUCUCGCAACUCCCCCAAAUAGACAGCCGGUCCACGCACUCGUCUAAACCAUUUGUAUAGUCCGUCGACGCUCUAUACAGAAGGUUUACAGCGUCUGCGACGCAGGCAAAAGAAUUCCUAAAGAUUGCGUAAAGCUUUUCUUAGGUUAGCCUGUUCCAGGCUCCAAGGUAGUGGGAAAAGCGGAUCGAAACAAGUUGCGCAAAAACGGCGUGGUGGCAGGGGAGAGACUGUUUGCUUGCUUUUUCCGCUCAUCCGCACUGACCGAGAGCCUGGUACGGGCUAGUCCAUAACGUCAGCCUUAGAUCAAGACAAAUACCCAUCCCCUCCUGUGUUAGUGUAAGUAGGGCAGGAGGUGUUUAUAUGUAAACUAAGGCUCAUCGAACAAUUCCGAAUUUUUUCAAAUGUCAUUCAUUAUUGUUAUUGUUGUCUUUCAGGUUCUUUCAGGAAUACAACCCGAGACAGAUAACGAUUACUGACUAUUUAUUUUCCAACGAAUUUUAAAUCAGCAAGUAAUACUAUACCACGAAUUUAGCAUAAUCUGUCAAAGAUUUUCAAGAGAGAAUAAAGAACGGCCCUUUUUCUUCUUUUGGGAAUUUUCAUCAUGUUUAUAGUUCAUGUACCUCUGUGAGUGGUAGAUGUACUAAUUUUAGCGAACAAAGUCGUGUUUUACUCACAUUCACUCACUCCGAUAUGUGCUGUCGGCCUAACAGAAUACAUCACACUUUUAAAAAUCGUUCAACAAUUCUUCUUUAUUGUGGAAACAUAGUUUAUUUAAUAUUUUUCAGUCCCUUGAAAAUAAGUAAAUAAAUAGGAUUCCAUCGAUUAGUCCGGUGUUUUAAAAAUUUUAUCGCAGUUUUUGAACUGCCUUAUGGCGUCCGUGCUUCUCAAUAGCUUUCUUUCACGGAUUAUUUUAUACGUUCAUACGAAAAUGAACGGUAUGAAUAUAAUUUAAAACAAUUUAAUAACAUGACCAGUUCUCCUC